AUGUCACACAAGAAGAUCACCGCGUUCCCUGAUGGGAACUCCUACGUGCAUUACAACCCCACUAGUGAUCGACUCCUUAUUGGUAAUAGUGAGGGGUUGAUUAAACUAUUCAACAUUGCCGAACCGGAAUUAGAACCUGUUUCUAUUGACAUUAUUGAUAACUUGACUUCAUUAGCUCAUGACUCCGACUCCAACCGGGCUGUUGUUACAUCCACCAGUGGUCAGUUAGAAUUGAUUGAUUUGAAAAGUGGAGAGAGCAACGGUAUUAUUCACAGAUCUGAUUUACCCUUGAGAGACGCCGUAUUUGUUAACCUGGGUAAACGGGUAGUUUGUGGUGGUGAUGACGAUAAGUUGGUUGUGGUCGAUGUUCAAGAUAAGAGUACUCAAUCGAUUACCUUGCCUGAUCAAAUGGUUAACUUGGCCUACAAUUUCUCGGGAGAGAUUAUCAGUGUUUGUUUAUCUAAUGGGAAUGUUCAGUUGUAUUCCGUCGUUAAUGAACAACCUAACUUGAUUCACAGUUUGAACAAUGUGUUGAAUGCCAAGAUUAAUACUAGUUUAGACCAAAUUGAUUUCAAUCAAGAGAAUCACGACGAGUUGGUCUGUAGUAAGACCCACUGGAGUUCAAAUGGUCGAUACCUAUUAGUACCUACUAUCGAAAACGAAGUCCAUGUAUAUCAACGUGAUGAUUGGAAGAUUAUUAAGAAGUUUGAUAAUGAUAAUGCCAAGAUUGUUGAUUUUGCCUUGAGUGCCAAUGGGAAACAUUUGGUUAUUUUAUCUCAUGACGGAUUCAAGAUUUUUGAUUUUGAUAGUGGCAAUGUCAUUCAUGAAGAUACAGUUGAUUUUGAUGGGUACUAUCCCUUGAAUACUGCUUGGAGGGGUAAUCAUUUGUUUAUAGGUACCACCAAUGGGGAAGUGUUGUCUUUGAAGAAUAUUGUUUCAGAAUCAGCAUCUAAUUUGUUUGUUGACGAAGCUGAAGAACUGGAUAUUGAAGAUGACGAAGGGGAAAAAGACGAUGGUAAUGAUACUGAUGUAUUAUUGCGUGAUUCCGACGAUGAAAACGAAGAACCUGCUCUUGCUAGAAAACGUGAAUAUAAAUUACACGAAGAGGACGAGUUGAUUAUUGAUGAAGACGAUGAAGAAUUGAAUGGAUUAUCCAAUGGUCAUUCUGAAUCUUACAAAAGAUCUAAAUUGAAUGGACAUUCUACCUCCAAUGGACAUGCACAUGUUCCUACUUUUGAAAUCAAACCAUACUCUCCCGGUUCUACCCCAUUCAAUCAUGGUUCCGUCAAAAAGAGAUAUUUGACCAUGAAUAACUUGGGAUAUGUAUGGAUCGUCAAGACGAUCGAACUUGAAUCUCAACAAAGUAUAACUGUAUCAUUCUUUGACAGAUCUGUUCAUCGUGAAUACAAUUUCAUUGAUUAUUCUGGGUUUGAUCUUGCUUCCUUGAACGCGCGAGGUAUUCUUUUGGCCAGAUCAGCGGAUUCCAAGAAAGAAGGGGGUUUAGUGUAUUACCGUGACCACGAUGAUCUGUACAGUUGGGAACGUAAAAUUCCUUUGGUUGUCAAUGAGUACAUUACUUCCGUUUGUAUUUCCAAUAGCAAUUCCGAGAAUGAUUUGAUUGUGGUUGGUACUAAUAUGGGGUACUUGCGUGUUUUCGACCAGUUUGGAUUAUGCGUCAAUGUCAUCAAGACCACGCCGGUUGUAUCCUUGAUUUCAUCUUCUCGAGCGACCUUGUUCAUGAUUAACCAAGUUGCCAAUGUGUUUACGUACUCUAUUAUUGAAUUGGCUGAUUUCAAAUACUAUCAACAAAAUGUGAUGCUUCCAUUGAAACACCUGGAUAAGCUCUUGAUAAAAGGUGUGUUUUUCAAUGAAUACGAUGAUCCUAUUUUAGUUGGUGGAGAAGAUGACACCGUGCUUGUAUUACAUCAAUGGAGACAAGAGCAGAAUUCGAAAUGGAUUCCACUUUUGAAUUGUCAUGAUGCGAUCGUAGGACAUAAUCGGAAUAAGAAAAAUUGGAAGUGUUGGCCAUUAGGGUUGAUUGGUGAGAAAUUGAACUGUUUGAUUUUGAAAGGUGGUGAUUCAGAAUAUCCUGGAUUCCCCUUGCCCUUGCCAGUUGAAAUUGACAUUGAGAUGCCGAUUGUUGUCAAGGAGAGGGCCAAAGAAAAGAAAAAGAGUGAUUUGGACGACCUUGGACUUGGCGAGGGUGAUGACGAUGAUGAAGAGGACGAGGAAGAAACUAGGGUUGAAGAAGAUGCCGAAGAAGUCUUUGUAAGGUCAACUACUUUCGGUAAGUUGCUCAGUGAGACUUUGAAUGAUGAGAAUACCGAGGAUACAGAUAGACUGGAUAUCAUGGAGAGAUUGAAUGAGUGCGCUAAUCUUUUCGACAAGUCCUUGUUGAAAUUGUUUGGCCAAGCUUGUAGCCAGAGUCAAUUGAAUAAAGCCUGGAGUAUAGUUAAGAUGAUCAAGAAGGACAAGGCGCAGUAUGCUGCAUUUAGAAUUGCUGAAAGAAUGCAAUUUAUGAAUUUGGCUAACAAGAUCAGAGAGUUGCGAGAAAUGUCCUUGGAAGAGGAGGAGGAUGACUAG